AUGGAUUGUCGUCAGGGAGGAUCUAUAUUUUAUUCCGAAUAUGAUGCGCGAUGGAAAAGACUCGGCAUUGACUUGCGGAAGGUUCGAUAUCCGAUUUGGAAAGGAACUCAAGAAAAGCCGUUUAGUGCCGAUAAGCUGCCACUAGCUCUGAAUGAGAAGUCAAGCUCUCCGUCGAAUGGAACCGGACCGAUAGCGGAGAUCGAGAAGCUGAUCGGCGACGUCUCCAUAAAGAAAGAUGAAAUCCGGACAGCAGAGACGCCAAACACCAGGAAAUCGAUGCCGCUGAUCACCGAAGACAAGGACGUACAAACACCGAAACGUCCACGUAUACAUGGUCCCAUUCUCGCAGUGGUGCCCAUUCCAUCAGAUGCAGAUGCACAAAAGUCGGGUUACGGUUACGGUACGGGUAGACAGCGAAGUCUUGCUGUAGAUUCGGUUGCUUCGUCGAUCCUGCCACGGUUUAUUUCGCCGUUCGCCAAGCCACCCUCGGUCAAUGACUAUCAUUCACGAACCAAACCUGCGUUCAAGAGCUACAAAUUCAUGAAAAAACUCAGCCAGCGUCCGCGACUGAGGAUCAGGCGGCCCGGAGCCGGUUUCGGAGCAGGUCCCUCGGAACUGCCGCCCGAACUGGCAAACGUCGGCUUUGAAGUCAGUGGCAAUGGGAUCAAUCUUAACGUGAUCGGCCCAGUCAGUAGCACACCAUCAAUUUCCAAAUUGCAUUCAGAACGAGAACGACCAAAGCAGAGAAAGCAACCAAAUCCGAAAAUCUUCAAAGAAAGUGAAGGACUAGUUAUCCCACAAAACUCGGGCAGAACUGAUGCGUCAGCAAGUGGAUUUGGUGGCAGUUCAGAUAUAACGUUGUCUAAUUCGGGACAAGGGCCAAAUCCUGAAGAUACCCAUUCAGAUUUCUUUACCGGCGACUCGGCACUCACUCCAUCUCGUGGUCCGACUGGAGACGGAUAUGGUCCACCAAUUUUCCCAGGUGGAGCUAUUCCUCCUCCAGUACCCGCUGUUGGAUUGGGCGGUGCGGCAGCAGGAAAGAGCCCCUAUGUCGCUGUCUUGGAAGCGACUGAAAACCCACCCACUACGGUUAAGCCAUCUGCACUCCUGAACGUGCUCAAUAAAGCCGACCGAGGCUUUAAUCAAGCAAUAACCCACUUUGAGCAAGAAAGUCCUCUGGAGACGGCCGCCAUAGAUAUUCUCGAAGGUGCUGGCUUUUUCAUCUAUUUAUUUUAUUUGGAAGAAUUAUUGAACCACUGA